UUGCAGCACGACAAUAACAUCAUUCACAGAGACCUGAAAGCAGAGAAUGUUUUUUACACCUGUAGCACCUGCGUUAAAGUGGGAGACUUUGGCUUCAGCACCGUCAGCCGCCGCGACGAGACCCUCAACACCUUCUGUGGUUCUCCCCCUUACGCCGCUCCUGAGCUCUUCAGGGACGAGCACUACAUAGGUGUUUGCGUAGACAUCUGGGCACUGGGGGUCAUGCUCUUCUUUAUGGUGACCGGCACCAUGCCCUUCCGUGCCGAAACGGUGGCCAAGCUAAAGCGCUGCAUCCUGGAUGGGACGUACACAGUGCCUACUUGGGUGCCGGACCCUUGCCAGAAACUAAUCCGCGGCAUCCUGCAACCCCAGCCGUCUGACCGCUACACCGUAGAGCAGAUGAUGGGCUGUGAGUGGCUGCUGCCGGUGGAGUUUCCCAAGGCCAUGGAGCCCUUCAAACUGGACCCGCUCCAUCUGGCUGAGUCUAAGCCAGGGGAGCUUGAAGAGCAUGAGAUAGAGGUGAGGAACGCCCUGGAGGCUCUUGGCAUCACCGCAGACCACAUUCGUAACAACCAGGGCAAAGACUGCAGGAGCUCCAUCACUGGAGUCUAUCGAAUCCUCUUA